AUGGAAUCAGCAGCGCCGAUCAACCAGAACUACUGGGAAAAGUUGAUCCAGGAAUGCGCGAUAGGCGCAAUAUAUGACUCAAGAGAGCGCGAACCCUUCUCCAAGUGCCUUGAGGGCACCCGCGUCGACCUUCUCCGAUCGCUCAGGAACGUUGUCGACGAAUCAGGUCCGGAGAAUAAAAAGAUGAUAUGGGUCUCGGGAGAGUCGGGCUCAGGCAAGUCAACAAUAGCGCAUACGUUCGCAGACGAGCUCCGCCAGCAGGGAAAACUCGCGGGAACCUUUUUCUUCUCCAGGAAGCACACGAAGCGCAGAACCUUUGACCUUGUACCCCUUACCCUCGCCUAUCAGCUUGGCCUACACCAUCACCGCGCCCGGGAAAUCAUCACGAAAGCAAUUGCCGACGAUCCGGGUCUCCUUACUCCCGAGAAGUCGCGUCAAGAUCAGCUAGAGAAGCUCGUCAUUGAGCCUCUCAAACAGCUC